AUUUUUUUUUCUGCUUUAGGUCCAUCUUUGUGCAGCCGAUACGAAGAUUUUCAUGCACAAGUUGAAAUCCAAUCCGAUAUAUUUUCUACAAAUGAAAGCUGCCCCGUCCAAGCAUUGAAUACAACCGAUUCACGCUACAUUGAAACACCAGCUAAGUCAUUUCUAACUUCUGAGCAGUUCUUGCAAAACGAUCCGCGCAGCAUUGAAGCACCUGCUUACUCUCCUCUAACCCCUGGUCCUGGACAGCUCUUGCAGAACGAUCCGCGCAGCAUUGAAGCACCUGCUUACUCACCCCUAACUCCUGGUCCUGGACAGCUCUUGCAGAACGAUCCGCGCAGCAUUGAAGCACCUGCUUACUCUCCUCUAACCCCUGGUCCUGGACAGCUCUUGCAGAACGAUCCGCGCAGCAUUGAAGCACCUGCUUACUCACCCCUCACCCCUAAAGAGCUAAAAUUAAAAAAUAAUUCUUCUGCAUGUUCUUCAUCCAAGGUAGGGGUUUCAAAUGUUACAGCUUACUUAUCACCAUUUAAUAGUGAAACAUCUGCAUCGCCAAUUCCGUCUAUGUCGCCCCAAACAAAAAAAUUGUUUCAAACAUUAGUAGGGGAUGGUUUUAAUAGUGACGAUUCAGUAAAAGAUCCAAAUUACGAAGGUGACGAAGAUGAAAUUGACAGCAGUGAUUAUUUAGAAGAACAAUCAAGUCCUCGAACCAUUAAUGUCGAAGUUGAAUAUAUACACCAGGCAUCAAGAGCUAUAGUGAAAAAGAAAAGUAAGAAAGAGGGUCACUUAAUGCCUAAAAAUAAACAAGAUGAUUUCGAUAAAAUAGAGGAAGAUAUUUGCGCAGAAAACGAAGAACGUGCUGAUGUAGAAAAAAGAGCAGAUAACGAGAACGAUUGUGAGCAGGACUUAGGUGUUAUGGAAAAUGAAGAGAUUGAUAUUAGAAAAGGACGACCCAAGAAAGGCAGAAAACGCAUAGGCAUUUUCCCAAGGUGUGAAAUCAAAAAAAGAAAGUAUGAUAAUAAGCCUUAUACCGACCGAAAACAUAAUUUAAUUCAACCCAAAGAGUUUAGGAAUAUGCAAUGCUCUUGCAAGAAAAUGUGUUCUAAUUUAGUAUCGACAGAAGAAAGAAGGAAGGAAUUUAAUAAUUAUAUGAAUUUAGGCUCGUAUACUGCGCAGAUGCUUUACAUAACUAAGUGUGUAGAAGAAAUAAAUAAAAAACGUACAUACCAACCUGAUCCUAACAAAACAUCUAAGCCAAAAGAGUUCACACGGGUUUAUAAUUUGGGAGGUAAAAUAGUUUGCAGGGAAAUGUUUUUGAAGACACUACAAAUAACUACACAAAAAGUUGACACAGCUCUAAAGAAAAUGCGAAUUGGUUCAUUAACAGACCAAAGAGGAGUAACAGGAGGUAAAAAUAAUGGACUAUCAUCAGAAGAAUACAAGUUAGCUGAAGAGGUCAUUAAUAAACUACCGAAAUAUAAAUCACAUUACCGACGCAGAUUACCUGCAACCUGGAAUGACGGUUCGUAAAAUGUACGAAGAUUACUAUUUGAAGGAAUUUGAUGACUUGCCCGAUAAAAAUACUCGCCGAUGCCUCAAGUAUGGGACUUUCAAAGAAUUUUUCUACAAAAAUGAACAGUUUCUAGGGCGCAGCAAUAUUGAACAGGGAAUUGUCAACCGAAAAGUUUUCAGAAAUAAGAAAAAGGUAAACUGGCUUAUGACUAAAGAAAUACUGUUAAAAAAAGAUUUCAGAUAUUCUAUAUUUAUGCGGAUAGAUUUUGAAAGCGAAUUUGACGAACUUUUUAUCAAAAAGAGAUUAGGAAGAGGUGGAGGAGAGGAAGUUGAAAUAGUCAUGAGCGAAUUGGUUCAAUUGUGGCCAGAUGGCAAAGAGAUUGCGCAAGCGAAACUCAACGAUCUCCGGUCCAUGGAGCAUCUUAUUCCCGCUGAUUGUCGUGCUUUUUACGAGAAUUUACGAGGCAACGAUCAAAUUCUAGAUGAUUUGGAUGGGUACGGGACUAUACCCGACUUUGAAUUAGAAGAGACAUAGUUUAUUUAAGAUUAAGUUCAUUUCUUUUAGUAAAUACUGUUUGUACUGUGUUACCUUAAGCAGUUUUUUUAAAUAAUAUUUGUACUUUUUGUAUUGUUCAAUAGAAUAUCAUCUAUAACUACUCUAGUCGAGGAGCCAUGAACCACAAGAAUGAUCUUGUUGUUCAUAAUUUUGUAUGAAUAUAAUAACAUAAUAAAUGACAUUCUUUUUAUUAUUUUCCAUAAAUGGUUUAUUUAUUUA